GGCGCGGGCCCCCGGGACCGUCCGGCCGCGCUGUCCGCGGUGCUCGUGGUCCGCUCGGCGGCCGACGUCGUGGGCAACCUCCUGGUCAUCCUGUCGGUGCUCGGGAACCGCAGGCCCCGGAACGCGGGGGGGCGUAAUUUGUUCUUGGUGAGUCUGGCAUUGGCUGACCUCAUGGUGGUCUUGUACCCGUACCCACUAACCCUCGUGGCCAUCUUCCACGAUGGCUGGGCCUUGGGGGAGGUGCACUGCAAGGCCAGUGCCUUCGUGAUGGGCCUGAGUGUCAUUGGCUCUGUCUUCAACAUCACUGCCAUUGCCAUUAACCGCUACUGCUACAUCUGCCGCAGCGUGGCCUACCACCAGAUCUGCCGGCGCUGGCACACUUCCCUCUACAUCUGCCUCAUCUGGCUCCUUACCCUGGCAGCCGUGUUGCCCAACUUUCUCAUGGGGUCCCUGGAGUACGACCCACGCAUCUACUCCUGCACCUUCAUCCAGACGGCCAGCGCCCAGUACACAGUGGCAGUGGUAGUCAUUCACUUCCUCCUCCCCAUCACCGUCGUGUCCUUCUGUUACCUGCGCAUCUGGCUGCUGGUGCUCCAGGCCCGCAAGAAGGUCAAGUCAGAGCCCAAGCUGCGCCUGAGGCCCAGCAACAUCCGGAGCUUUCUAACCAUGUUCGUGGUGUUCGUAAUCUUCGCUAUCUGCUGGGCCCCGCUGAACUGCAUUGGCCUCGCUGUGGCCAUCAACCCAGAAGAAAUAGCUCCCCAGGUCCCAGAGGGACUCUUUGUCACUAGCUACUUCCUGGCUUAUUUUAACAGCCGCCUUAAUGCCAUAGUCUAUGGGCUUCUGAACCAGAACUUCCGCAGGGAAUACAAGAAGAUUGCCUCGGCCCUCUGGAACCCUCGGCAUUGCUUUCGGGAUGCUUCUAAAGGCAGCCGGGCUGGGCCUCAGAACCAAGCUCUGCCUGUUGUUAAUGCCCAGAACCUUGUCAAGGUAGACAGUCUCUAG